AUGUCUUCCAGUGGUGACACUUUUCCUACAGAUGUCAAGUUGCAAUACGUUCCUUACACCAAAGAACACGCUGAAAUAGUCAGCAGCUCCAAGCCAGUAACACUCAAUUUAUCUGAGCUAUUGCCUGGCAAGACAGUGGUGUUCACUUCUGCAAUUGGGGCGUUUACUCCUCCAUGUACCGAGAACCACUUGCCUACCUACCUCAACAAUGUGAGUAAAUUCAAGAAGAAAGGAGUUGACAGAAUCGUGGUGUUGACCAUCAAUGACCCCUUCGUCAACAGUGCCUGGUCCAAGGCUUUGGGCUACAAGGACGAAGAGAAUUACGUCAUUUUCGCAACCGAUCCUAAGGCUGAAUUAUCAGGCAAAUUGGGAGACAACUUUGUAGCAGAUCUAUCGAGCGAGGGCUUGGGCACCCGCAGCAGCAGAUACGCGGCAAUUGUGGAUGAUGGCCACAUUGUGUACUUGGAAAGCGAGGAUGGAGGGGCGUUCACCGAGCGGUCGCAUGCCUCGUCUUUGUUGGAAAGACUUUAA